AUGCUGCAUUGUCCUGUAGGUCAACUACCAAUCGGACCGUCAUCUGCUAUUUGUUUGGACGGGAAAUGGAGUGCAGAACUAGGUUACUGCAAGGAAGUAUUUAGUGGUGGCAUUUCUAGUGGUGUAGGUCGAAGACGCGAUAUCACAAUUACUGACCCCAAGGAAUCAGGUGGCAACACUCAGUCAAGCAGCACCAUACAAUCAGAAACUAUGUUUGAUACUGUCGCUGUCAAUGCAGAGGACAGAUCAGUGAUAACAAAUUCGAUGCCAAUAAAUGUCAUUGUUAAUGAAGAGGACAAAUUAGUAACAACAAAUUCGAUGCCAAUAAAUGUCAUUGUUAAUGAAGAGGACAAAUUAGUAACAGCAAAUCCUAUGCCAACAAAUGUUGCUGUCAGUGCAGAGGACAAAUCAGUGAUAACAAAUGCGAUGCCAACAAAUGUCAUUGUCAACGAAGAGGACAAAUUAGUAAUAACAAAUGCGAUCCCAACAAAUGUUAUUGUUAACGAAGAGGACAAAUUAGUAAUAACAAAUGCGAUGCCAACAAAUGUUAUUGUUAACGAAGAGGACAAAUUAGUAAUAACAAAUGCGAUGCUAACAAAUGUCGCUGUCAGUGCGGAAGAUAAAUCAGUGAUAACAAAUGCCCUAUCAACAAAUGUUGCUGUCAGUGCAGAGGACAAAUCAGUGAUAACAAAUGCGAUGCCAACAAAUGUCGCUGUCAGUUCGGAGGAUAAAUCAGUGAUAAUAAAUUUGAUCCCAACAGAAGUGGAAAGUACAGCACUAAAUGAAGUGACUUCAGAUCUUUCGGUUGAAGAAUGCAAUACUACUUUAAAUGUUACUUUGAAGAAUACAACCCCAACUUUACGACAGUUGAUUAAGGUGGAAAAACCAAUUGAUGAGUCAAUUGAAAUGACAACACUUUCAAUUCUAGCCAAUGAUUAA